UACCUCUUAGAAUGCAGACACAAUAUUUCAAUCGCAGACGACGAUACAUACGAUACACGUUUCUGGGCGUCCUGUACACAGCUUCUAUUCUACUCGGCAUCAGUUACGGGGCAUUCCUUUGGUUUCAGACAGGCAGUGUUGGGGGCUUGGAUGGGGUUACUAGAAUCAAGAGGGGAUCUAACUCAUCGACUGAGAUUCAAAACAACAACACAGAAGGCGAGGAUGACAGCAAUGAAACGUGCACGGAGCGAGCUAUAGAUGAAUUCCCGGGAAACUUUCUGACCCUGGAGCAGACCCAGGCGGGGGGCGUGGUCGUACACAUCCUACUGGUUCUAUACACACUGGGGGCGUUGUCCAUCGUGUGUGACGACUACUUCUGCGCAUCUCUAGAGGUCAUCUGUGCCGAGCUCCAUCUUAGAGAAGAUGUCGCUGGUGCAACGUUCAUGGCCGCCGGAAGUUCAGCCUCGGAGUUUUUUACGACAGUUAUAGGCGUUUUCAUUGCGGAGAGUGACGUAGGAGUGGGAACAAUCGUCGGAACAGCCGUUUUCAACGUUUUGUUUGUAGUUGCAAUCUGUGGCCUCUUUACCGGAAUGGUUGUACAUCUAACAUGGUAUCCCGUGUUACGUGAUUGUAUUGCCUACAGUGUUUCUGUGAUAGCUCUCAUCAUCGCCAUGUAUGACAACCAGAUUUACUGGUAUGAGAGUCUGCUGUUGUCUCUGAUGUACGUUCUGUAUAUCGUGAUGAUGGUCUUCAACUCCAGAUUAGAGAACACUUUCUACAGAAUACUAAACAAAAUCACCAAGGGAAACUUAGAACAGGAUCAAACAAAGCACCCCGGCGCGGGAGACAGUCAGAUCGAACUAACAUCUGUAAAACAGAGAUACAUACAGACUGGCGUGAGUAAUUCGAUUGCUGAGCAGUCAGGACAGAAAGAUGUGGAAUCCGAGAAAACGAAAAUAGAGACUGAAAUAGAGAAAGUGAAACAAGAGAGUAAUGAUGAUACGGUUGUCGACAGCCCUGGCCAUCAGAAAGCAAAAGAACAGGAAUCCCCGUGGGAUGUCCCGGACUCGUGGAUCUUACGCGUGUUUUGGGUGAUGAUGCUUCCAAUGAUUUUCAUGUUCUACGUCACAAUACCAGACUGCAGACGACCAGGGAAAUGGCGUAAGACCUAUCCCCUCACCUUUCUGAUCUCAAUCACGUGGUUAGGCGUCAUUUCCUACGUGUUAGUGUGGAUGGCGACGGUAGCGGGUGAUGCUAUAGACCUCCCCGAGUCGGUGAUGGGCCUAACAGUGUUAGCUGCAGGGGAAAGUAUUCAGGAUUGUUUGGCCAGCCUAUAUGUCGCGAGAGAUGGUUUCGGAGAUAUGGCAAUAGCUAAUACCAUUGGAAGCAAUGUUUUUGACGUGUUGAUGUGUUUGGGGUUACCAUGGUUACUGAAGUCCGCCAUUUCUAGUGGAGCCGCUGUGGAAAUAAAAAGUCGGGGUUUAAUUUACUCCACCAUCACCGUCCUGGGAAGUGUUAUGUUACUCAUCGUUGCUAUAGUGAUAGCCAGAUGUCGGCUGGACAAAAAGCUUGGCGCCAUUUGCAUGAUGAUGUUUUUGCUUGUCAUUACACUGUCCUGUUUAUACGAAACUAAUACAAUUGGUGAUUUUGGUGUCGUCAACUACUGCGCCAGGGAGUAGUCUCUUCACGUGAAUUACGAUUGUCUGUGACGUCAAUUAUAUUAACUCAUUCAGAAAAAAGAAUCAAUGAUUACAAUGUGACAUUAGACAAUAUCCAUUGUUGAUACUCGCGACGCACAUUAACUGAUUUCGUAUUGGAAAUAAUGUAGUGAAGCUACGUCAAGAUUAAUUUAUAAACGGUAAUAUAAACUAGAUUUUUUUGAUGAGGGUUUUGUUUGCUGUAAAUAUGCGGUGUCAUUUUAUUUUUUACAAAAGACAUGCUAUGAAAUAUGCCGGCGUGAAGUGUCGAAGUUCUUAUCCUCAUGCUUUUUCAAAACUGUUAAUUUCGUAAAUAUCUUUCAACAUUAUCAAAUACAAAUACUUGCGGCAUUGCCAAACAAACCAAACAAAAAAACAAAACAAAAACUGAACAACAAACAAACAAAAUGUUCUACUUAACGUAACUGCCUAUUGCAUUAUAUCUUGCUUGUCAUAAACUACAAUGUAUUGGAAACGAAAUGAUUUUUACUCAUUUUAUACGGUAUAGAAGAGAUUGAGAAGUUUACGCAUUACAAACUGCAAAGCGGUUUAUAGAUAAAACAGCAUAUGGAAACUGCGCCAACUUAUUUUAUAUCGUAUAAAAUUAGUAAAAUUUGGAAAAACAGAUUUGAUUCAAUUUGAUGAACAGUAUCAUAAAACAAAAAUAUUAAUAUUUUAUGACGCGGAGCAAUAUUGUCUUAGCAACGAAGUGGAAGGGAGGAGCCAAAUGCAUUGUGACGUCAAUCCUAGAAUGUCAUAUGGUGUGGCAUGACUGCAGCUUUGUUUAUACAAUAAAGAGUGUUGAUAAAGCCAAAUAAAGCAAUCAGAUAUCAGAUAACGCUGUUGUUUUCAUGUGUCGAGCAUUUUUUUUUUCAUUGGCAGACAUGGAUGGCGA